AUGGGAGUGUUGGAUCAUAAUCGGGAUGAGGUGUCAGGUCCUAGUGAGAGGUUUGUGCUUGAAUUUUCAGGAUGGCAAAACAGAAAGACACGAGUGCUAUUCCUCGCCAAGCGAGAUGGCAUCGACAAGGUGGUCAAGACUCUCCAAUAUGCCGGCAAACUGGCGCACUGGAGCCUGGAGGAGCGUAACCCCAUCCUCGCCGCGCGGUACAAAAAUCUUGAGGUUGCAGCAGGGUUGAGUCGCAAAGCGCACCGAGCCGGCAGGUCUCUUACGGGAUUUAGCACUCUCCGCAGCACGACGUACCCCGACCUCACCAUCCAGCUGCUCACCAUCUUCGGCUUCAGCGGGGAGAUGGUCUACUGGUUGUUCGACCACUUCACGUGGCUUUCCAAAGUCGGCGUGCUCAACGCCGGUCUCGCAGCCAAGACCAUAUACAUCUCGUCGUUCGGGGAAAGCGUGGGCUAUAUCUUCUUCAUCACCAUAGACGUGAUCCUUAUCAAGCGAGGCAUGCAAGCCGAGGCGGUGUAUAAGAAGCAGCUGACGAAGUUGGAGGCUUCGGAGGAUCCCACACUCAUGACGGAGGAGUCCGCCACAUUGGUGCAGGUUCAGAGCUUAAAGGCGAAGAUCUCUGGUAUCAAGAUGCAGAGGGUCAUGUCAACAAUGUCGAUCAUCGCUCGGACCUCGGACCUCAUCAUCGCGCUGUCAGUCAUAGAUCCAAACCCGUUCGUAUCACACACAAUCACCCUGGGGCUCAGUGGACUUGCGUCUGCUUGGGCUGGAUGGCACCAACAGUGGCCGGAGUCCAACUAAGCUGCGCUAAAUGUCCAGCUCUCGACGUAUUUCCUUCUGAACCAAAAUUGGAGACGAUCAAUGAGUGAUUGCCGUGGCAUAGCUACACAGCCUCUUCCAAUUGAUGGGCCUCAUUUAGUACAUUUCAGAAAUUGUGAAUAACAAGGACAAUCAGUGAUGUUCUUCUACA